AUGUACACCGGAGCCCUAAAGCUAGGUAUCCAGCCAGCCCUAGACCCCAACAAUGGCCGCGCUCAAGGCAUAUUCCGCCUUCUUCGCUCCGUUGAUCCCGAAGCCCAGACGCGUUCUUCAGCUCGAGUCAAUCGCUAUGAUAGGGACGCUACGAGGCCAAACUAUCAUAUCCUUCCGAAUACGGCGGUAUCGCGCAUUUUGUUCGAAAACGCCACCGCUGUAGGCGUGGAGUAUAUUGGCACGACCAGUGGCGAGAAGCACAUUGUCCGAGCGAGCAAAGAAGUCAUCAUAGCUGCUGGAAGCGUUCAUACCCCGCAGAUCCUGCAACUUUCUGGGAUUGGCGACACUACUCAUCUGGAGAGCUUGGGUAUUGAGACUGUUUCAGGUCUCCCUGGUGUCGGUCGAAAUCUGCAGGAUCAUCUGGUUCUGAAAGUGAAUUACAACUAUACAUCUAAUCACUUUUCAAACGGCGGUUCAUUGCAGUCCAACGCCACGUACGCCACAGAACAACGCGCUCUCUACGACGCUGGAAAAGCAAGCGCAUUCGACCUCACUGGUACAACUGGUAAUCUCAUGAUUCAGCUGCCGCUUUUAAACUGGACGAACGACUCCGCAUCCAUCAUAUCUCGAGCGUCCUCUCUCUCACCGAGCGAUGUACUUGGUAGCGAUGUCGACCCAUCAGUUCUCGCCGGGUAUGAAAGACAGCGUGUCAUCAUCCUCAAGGACAUCAAUAUAGAAGCCGUGGGCGGUCUAUCAUGGAACACCGGCCCAGAAACGAGCAUCUACAUGACCCGCCCUCUCAGCCGUGGUUCAAUCACCAUAAACUCAACUAGCAUCCUUGACGCUCCACUCAUCGAUUACGGCGCGCUGACAGACCCAACCGACCUCGACAUGUUAUACGCGAUCUACAUGAAGAACCGCGAACUAAUGGCAACAUCUGAUAUUGCCAUUCUCGGUCCCAUAGAGACAGCACCCGCACCGGGCAUCAGCAAUGAGCAAGAUAUCAAGGAGAAGAUCAAAGCUGCCUUGCAGCCAAGUAACGCGCAUCAGUGCUGUACUGCUGCUAUGAUGCCAAGAGAAGAUGGUGGGGUCGUCGACCCGCAGAAUAGAGUCUAUGGCACAUUCGGACUGAGUGUGGUGGAUGCCAGUACGUGGCCGCUUGUUGCUGGUGGUGGGCCGCAGGCUAGUGUUUAUGCUGGAGCUGAGAAGGAGCAGUCCUUCACUUCAUCAACUAAUCGAGUCGCACUCAAGAUGGAUACUUCACAGCUUUUCACUGUCGAAGGCAUGAUUGCUGUGGUUACAGGCGGAGGCACAGGAAUCGACCUCAUGAUAGCCCACGCCCUCGCCUGCGCCGGCGCAUCCAAAGUAUACAUCCUCGGGCGCCGCGAAGACGAACUCUCCACCACAGCCUCUCAACACGAAAACAUCAUCCCACUUCAAUGCGACAUUUCAUCCAAAGCAUCCCUGCAAGCUGCCGUAGACUUCAUCGCCCAAGACACAGGCUACAUCAAUAUCCUCAUCGCAAACUCCGGUAUCUACGGUCCAUCCUCAAGCUUCGCUCCGGGUCUCAGCAUCCAAGAGCUGCGAAAAUCCAUGUUCGAGAACACAUCUAUGGAAGACUUCACGCAGACCUUCCAUGUAAACACCACCGCGACGUACUUUACCAUGCUGGCUUUCCUCGAACUACUGGGUGCAGGGAAUAAGAAUGCCAGAGCCGGUGGGUUUGGUAGACCGUUGAAAGAAGGUAGUAAAGUACCAAGCAUCCAGUCACAAGUCAUCAUUACAUCCAGCGUAGGCGCCUUCCUGCGUGAGUGGCAAUGCGCGCCAGCAUACGCAGGUAGUAAAGCAGCAAUUAUGCAUCUGGUCAAACACACCAGUACGGGGCUUGCGCCGCAUGGUAUCAGAGUCAAUGCUCUGGCGCCUGGAUUCUUCCCAUCUGAGAUGGCCAAUGCAGUUAUCCAAGGCAGAGACCCUAGUACAGAGAGCGUCGACGAUCCGAACUUCAUUCCUGCCCGAAGAUUUGGCGGAGAGGAGGAGAUGGGUGGGACGGUUUUGUAUCUUGCGAGUCGGGCGGGGAGCUUUUGUAAUGGGUUGGUGCUUGUGAAUGAUGGGGGGAGGUUGGGUGUUACGACGAGCAGUUAUUAA